CAAAGACGGCAUACUAGCCACCUUGGCUGAGUUCCCCCUGCUGUCAUUACCAAGGCCGUGGUCCGAUGUCUGAAGAAAAUGGCACUAAGUACCCUUGUCAACCCCCUUCUCGGCGACCGACUCGCAGCCCAUACAUCAGCCGACAUGUUUUGGGACAAGUGCCGCCCAUAUCUAUAAUCCCCGAGUUCUCUUUCCAAUUCUAUCCGAAUCAUCUUCAUGUUCCACUGAAGCUCUACGUUCUCGUCGUAACUUGCCUUUCUGUCUGAAGAAGGACCUUUCCAUCACUUACAACUAGAGGCACCCCUUGACAAGUUUAAGCAACAUGGCCACAAACGAGGACCAGAACAAGGCCCCAGUAGACCAAGUCGAACACGUACCAGCCCAUCAGGAAACCACAACCCACCGCCGCGAUGCCGCCGCAGAACUCCUGGGCAAAUCUGGCGCUUCGCCGGAGGACCGCGUCGUCGUCAUGCCCGCAGACAACGCCCGCGUCCUGCGCAAGAUUGACCUCGUCAUCCUGCCCUUGAUGCUCUUUGUCUACUUUCUCCAGGGCAUCGACAAGUCCACCCUCGCCUACGCCUCCGUUUUUGGUCUCAUCGAGGACACCGGGCUCGUCGGGGACCAGUACUCGUGGCUAGGGUCCGUCGUCUACCUCGCCCAGCUAGUGAUGCAGUUUCCGCUUGCAUGGUUGCUAGUCAAGUUGCCUGUUGGCAAGUUCACCAGUUGCAUGGUUGCCUUUUGGGGUAUCACCUUGUCUUGCAUGGCGGCAGCGCACAAUUUUGGUGGGCUUCUGACCGCGAGACUCUUUCUUGGGGCGUUCGAGUCUAGUGUUGCGCCUGCAUUUGUGGGAAUUACGCAGAUGUGGUGGCGACGACGUGAGCAGACGCUGAGAAUCAGCUAUUGGUACGCUAUGAAUGGCUUCACCAACAUGUUUGGCAGUCUCAUUACCUAUGGCCUGGGACACAUCUCUUCUCCCCUCAAGGAGUACCAGAUCAUCUUCAUCUUCUUCGGUAUCAUCACAGUGGUCUUUUCCAUCAUCAUGUUCCUCUAUAUGCCUGAUUCUCCAGUCGAGGCCAAGUUCCUCAACGACCAUGAUAAGCUGAUCGCCAUCGAACGUCUCCGCAUGAAUCAACAGGGUGUCAUGUCCCGCGAGUGGCGCUGGGAUCAUCUCAAGGAAAGCAUUGGUGAUAUCAAGACGUGGUGCUGGUUUUCUCUCGUCUUUUCCAUCUCGAUUCCCUCUGGAGGCAUCUCUACGUUCGGCCCUCUGAUCAUCAAGUCCUUUGGCUUCGACUCCUUCCAGACUAUUCUGUUCAACAUCCCCUUUGGUUUCGUCCAGCUCGUCGCCACUGUUGGCGGCUCUUGGAUCGCUACAAAGAUCCACAAGAAGGGCCCAGUCAUCGCUGGUCUUUGCAUUCCACCCAUCGCGGGCUGUGUCAUGUUGAUGGUCCUUCCCACCAGCGGUCAGCAGGCCGCACGUCUGGCGGGAUACUACCUCAUCUCUGUCUACCCAGGAAUUACACCCCUCAUCUACUCCUGGUCCGCUGCCAACACAGCCGGCGACACCAAGCGAAAGUGCACUUCCGCCGUUCUUUUCAUCGGCCAAUCCGUUGGCAACGUCGUCGGUCCCCUCCUCUACAAGCCCGCCGAGGCACCUAGGUACACCCGUGGUCUAACGUCCAACCUCGUGCUAUACUGCGUCAUCGUCGUUCUUGUCGUCCUCGUGAGCCUGUAUCUCGCCUUCCUCAACCGCUCGCAUAGCAAGCGCCGCGUGGCCAUGGGUAAAAGCGCUGUUAUUAUCGACACAAGUUUGUUUUCUGCCGCUGAGGCCGAGAAAGCUAAGCGAGAGCAAGCCGCGCAGGCUGCUGGGGAUAAUGGGCAUGAGAUGGCUGCGGCUGGGGAGGAGCAGGCUGAAGAGAACGUUGGUGCGAGGGCGUUUGACAAUUUAACGGAUUUGGAGAAUGAAGAAUUUGUGUUUGUAUUUUAGCAGCUUGUCUAUAGAAAGACCUUUUGAUACCGACGAAAUGACACUGUUCGCACAAAAGGAAUGUUGUUGCAGAUAGCGAACCACUCUUAGUAGGCAGUACUAACCUCACCCACAACUCCUUAUGGCGUUGUGGAUGAGGGCACCUCUAAAGAGGCUUCCGUCCAUAAACCACAUGG